GACCGGGCGACGGUUGAUGACGUUUUACGCUACGGAAUUACGCUUACCAUAUAUGGCAGAGAGUUAACACAAACUUCAAUGAAUUUCUUCGAAAUUAGGCAACAUUUUAUUAGGAAUGCAGCGCUACAUGUAAACUAAGGUUGUAUCUCUUUAAACUGAAAAUAUAAAAUUUAUCUUAUGUUAGGUUUCCGCGAAAAUAGUAGUGAAGUGUUUGGGGCUAGCACUGUAGCUGGGUUGCUAACAGCUAGCUAGUUGUAGCCAACUUUGCUUGUAUUCCCUAACAGUUUACCGCCUUAAACCAUAUUUUGGGACGUAAUGUCGCAUAAACCUACCUUUUAAUUUACAGACUUCGGUUAGAAAUAAACAAUUGGUUGAGUUUUGUCGUUGUUUUUUUAGUUAUUACUUUAAAACUUAGAAAAAUACUCUAAAUUUAGGGUCUUUUCAUGACAACUAACUAACGUUAGCCUAAAGCAUAACUGAAGUGUUGACAUAGGGGACUGUUUGCCAGUGAUGGAAAGGACAAUUGUGCAUAAUACUAGAAUACAAUUUGAGGUGCUUUUACUUUGCGUUCAGAGUUUACACACAGCAUGACCAAUACAUAAAUUAUGAUGUAGUUGCAUAGAUUAACUACCCAAAUAAGGCAAGGCAGUUUUAUUUAUAAAGCACAUUAGGCAGGUUUGAAGUGCUGUACAAAGAAGUUAAAAACAACAUCAUACAAAAGAACAAUUCAAAGUUAAAACAAUACAAAUAACAAAGAGAGAAAGAGAUAAAACAGUGAAAGAAUAAGCUUGUUAAAAGCGCUCAAGAAUAAUGUUUUAGUUUGUAUUUAAAACUGCAGUGGUUGUGGCAGACCAUCAGACAAUGCUUCCAUCGCUGUGUUACAUAAUAAAUAAAGGCAGCUUGUCCUUGUUUAGAUUUUGCCUUAGGCACCAUCAGCAGAGCACUCCCAAGUAAUCUGAGAGGUCUCGCAGGCUUGUAUUGCUCAAGCAAGUCAGUUACACAUUUAGAACCAACUCCUUGUGGAGAUUUUUUAAUUUAAUAACAGGACUUUAAAAUAAACUCUGGCAACCAGUGUAGAGAUUUGAGAACUGAGGGGAUGUGAGCUGUCCUUUUGGUUUUAGGAGAACUCUUGCAGCUUACAACCUACUCAAAGGUUGUAGGUGCCUGAUGGUCUUUAUUGGAAGUCCUGUCAGAAGUCUGUUGUAGUAAUUAACUUUGCUUGAUAUGAAAGCAUGAAUCACUUUUUCCAAGUCUUGUUUUUUUAAAGGACCCUGAUUUUGACUAAGUAUUAGAGGUUAUAAAAUGCUGUUUUUGUUAUUGCCUUUACAUGACUGUAAAAACCUACAUAAUAUGUUAAUGUCUGGUGCUUUAACUAGCUCAGUUUAGCUGAUAUUACUUUUACUGAAGUCAAAGGAGUGUUUUGAAUGCAGGAUAGAGUAAUCUACACUGUAGUAUGACUAUAGGAUUAGAGUACUUCCUCCCCCAGUGCUGUGUGCAUUAUGAUAACCAGCUGGAAAUCAUAAUUAACUUAUUUUCCAAUCUACAACUACUUCAGUGCUUUUAGCUAGGUACAUUCAAGGCAGUUGCUGUGUCUGCAACAUGCAGAGCUCCUACAAAGUAUUAGCCUUUGCUCUGGUAGCAGCAUCCAGCUUCACAUCUGUACAUGUUCUGGAGUUCUGUCAAAGUACUGACAGUGACUGCCAUAGUCAUGACAGUACAGCAUCGGACAACCAGCUGUCGCCGCACACUGUCAAAUCCAGGUGGAACAUUAGUGUUUCAAACCUUUUAAAGGACCUGGACCAAUUCAGAGUGUCCUGCAAGAAGCUAAUAGAAGCAUUUCCGAUUGACGAGGUUGAUGGCAAUUUUGCUCGCUCUGUAAAGAACUGCAUAUUCUCCAGAUCCAUUCCAACCCCACUGAAAGGCCGGUUAAGACUGGCGGCAGCUUCUAAGGACGUCAUCGAGGGGAUUUUAGAUUUAGACGUGGCUGUAACUCAGUCAGAUGAUUUCCUGCAUUACGCAAGCGGUGGCAGACGGCUGUCAGGAUCUGUACCACUUGCUCACAGAUAUGGAGGUCAUCAGUUUGGGUACUGGGCAGGUCAGCUGGGCGAUGGUCGAGCACAUUCCCUUGGUCAGUAUACCAACAGGAGAGGAGAAGUAUGGGAACUGCAGCUUAAAGGCUCUGGCAAGACGCCUUAUUCAAGGUCAGGAGAUGGUCGAGCUGUGAUCCGCUCUUCUGUAAGGGAGUUCCUGUGCAGUGAAGCCAUGCAUUUCCUGGGUAUUCCAACCAGCAGGGCUGCCAGUAUAAUUGUCAGUGACGAGCCGGUGAAGAGGGAUCAAUUCUACAACGGCAACGUGAAGACAGAGAGAGGAGCCGUUGUUCUCAGGUUAGCCAAGUCAUGGUUUCGGAUCGGAUCUUUGGAAAUUUUGGCUCAAAGUAGAGAGAUCAAUCUCCUGAGAAAGCUGGUGGACUUUGUGAUUGAUGAAUAUUUUUUUUCAAUCAGUCAAGAUGAUCCAGAUAAAUAUUUGGUGUUUUAUUCCACAGUUGUAAAUGAAACAGCACAUCUGAUUGCCAGAUGGAUGUCAGUUGGGUUUGCACAUGGUGUGUGCAACACAGAUAACUUCAGCCUCCUGUCUAUAACCAUCGACUACGGACCAUUUGGCUUCAUGGAGUCGUAUAACCCCAAUUUUGUCCCCAACACAUCAGAUGAUGAGGGCAGAUACAGCAUAGGAGCUCAGGCCAACGUCGGACUGUUUAACCUUGAGAAGCUCUUGCUGGCUCUCAGUCCUGUGCUAUCUACAAACCAGCAGAAAGAGGCUAAAAUUAUUUUGAAAGGAUAUGGUGAUAUUUAUCAGAUGAGGAUUCAUCAGCUAUUUAAAGCUAAACUGGGGCUUCUAGGUGAAGAGGAGGAUGAUGGCUAUCUAAUUGCCUUCCUGCUUAAGAUGAUGGAGGACACACAAUCAGACUUCACCAUGACCUUCAGGCAGCUCAGCGAAGUUUCAGCCCGGCAGCUUCACAACAGGAACUUCACACAGAUGUGGGCUCUUGAAGACUUGUCCUCCCACAAGCUCUUCUCUGAUUGGCUCAGCAUUUACCUGCUCCGGCUCAACAGAGUGGAUUUAAAAGUUCCUCUGCUUAGACAACAAAAUGAUAGUGAUUUGGAUCGUCAACACAGGAUGAAAAAUAUAAAUCCUAGAUAUGUGCUGAGGAACUGGAUGGCAGAGUCUGCUAUACGUAAAGCUGAGGUGAAUGAUUUUUCAGAGGUAGAGCUGCUGCACCAUAUACUGUCCUUUCCCUUUGUUACACAAGAGACUGCAGAGGAGGCAGGCUAUGCGGCAAGACCUCCUCUGUGGGCUAAGAGGUUAAAGGUCAGCUGUUCCUCCUGAGAGACUCUUGGGUUGAACAAACUGACUAAAGUGAAAAAGAAUUACAGCACACCAGCAUUUUAAUGGUCUAAUUAAUAAAUUCUCUCCUGCUGGGGGGAAAAGUUUGGUCCAACAUGUCAAGUUCAUGGCUGUUUAAUAUUCUUUACUACUGAGAUUUCCCACCAUGUGUGGAUACAGUGACCAACAAAUUAUACUUCUCAGUGCUACAGAAGAAUUAAACUUGAAUUGUAAUUUGACUGCUUCACAGAUAAAUACUUCUUGUAAUGCCAUAUUUACACCAAAAUAAAUUCAAAUAUGCUUCAGUAAAA